AUGGCGUCCCGUAAGCCUCGCAAGGGCUCGGCCUGGGCUCCAGACUCGACCGAGUCGCUCUUCGACGACGGUAUCUGCGACGACGACAGUCGAGAGCGAUGGAAGCGAGCCCUUGAGGCGCAGGAAGAAGAGCAGGCGCUGCUGCACCGCACCGUGGUGGCCUCCAAGCGACAGAACCUCGAGCUGCAGUACGAGCGGGUAGCCAAGCAGCGAGCCUUCAUCCGACGUGAGAAGCGCAAGCUGUUGCUGCAGCACGCGCUGCUCGCCUCCGAGCGCGAGCGCUUCGACGCUUCUCGAUCGUCCGACUGGUUCUGUCUGGCCGCGUUCCUCGCAGCUAGCGAUCGCCGCGUGACUGUGGACGUCGGUGGGCAGCUCUUCGAGCUGUCGGCUGCUGUGGCCUCGAAAGACCCAGCGUCGCUGCUCGCCGCCUUCGUUCAGGACGAUUCCCCGCUCACUGCAGCUGAAAGCGGCUGCUUCCGAGUCGAUCGGGACUGGAGACUGUUCCGCCACAUCCUGCGGUUCCUGCGUGACGGCGUCUUGCCCUCGGACCCGAAGCUGCUGCGAGCGCUCUACAUCGAGAGCGAGUUCUGGCGCUUCGAGUCGCUUUUAAAGGCUAUCGAGGCCAAGAACCUGGAGCUGUGGAAGUCCAAGCAAAGCAGCGACGCCGGCGCCAAGGAGAAGGAGACCAAGGACCCGGGUGCGUGGUGGCUGGAUCCGCCGUCGUGGUGGGGCACAGCCUCUGCGGGUGGUGGCAGCAGCAAGACCAAGGAGAAGAUGAUCAAGGCGACUUUGUUGGCGUCGUUCCAGAAGAGGAAGAGCUCCAAGAACGCCGCCAAUAAGGCGAAGAAGAGCUCCCAGGACGACGACGACGAAGCGGAGUCGUGGUGGAAGGACUCGAAGUACAAAGGCACCGAUUACAUGGACAUUCUCGCGAAGGAUAAGGCUAAAGCUGGUGUUGACGGUGACGCCCGCACCCCGCGCAGCCCUCUAGUCACGAACCACACCUGGUCGGCUUCGAUGACGCCCAGGAAGUAG